UUCACCGAUUUGGACCAAACUUAGAGGGAAUGUUCAUCUAUCGAUAGUUAACAGAAAUCCCAAGUUUGGUGCUGAUUGGACCAUUCCUCUAUUUUUGGAACCGCCCUCUUUUUUGACGAUUUUCUUAAAAACUUAUUUUUCUUUUAAUCACAACUUUGCAACUAUUUGAGCAAAAGACUUUCUACAGGUUGCAUUUUAUAGAAAAUUGUCCAAGGAAUUCGAUAAAAGUUAUAGUUUAGCCCUUAAAUGCCCACUAAUAUUAUAUUUUAACGUUUUAAGUAUUAAAAUUUAGUUUUGACCAAUUCCUUAUAUUUUUAUUUGUUAUAUUUUAUCAUUAUCGUGUUCCCUGGAGAAUUUUACAUAAUAGUCAAUGUAGAUCUCAAACUUAAAUGAACUAUUGGCGAGAUACAGCUAUUUUACUGAAAAAAGUUUGAUUUUGCGCUGCACUCUGUCCUAUGAAUUCUAUUCCGAGAUAUUUAAGUUUCUCACAUUUAAAAACCAAACUAUGCGGGAUUCAUCCCUUUAUGUUCAAAAGUACACCAUGUACUUCCGAGUGCUGCGCAAAAUCAAACUUUUUUCAGUAAAAUCGCUGUAUCUCGCCAAUAGUUCAUUUUAGUUUGAGGUCUACAUUGAUUAUUAUGUAAAAUUGUCCGGGGAACACGAUGGUGAUAAAAUAAAACAAAUAAAAAUAUAAGGAAUCGGUCAAAACUGAAUUUUAAGACUUAAAACGUUAAAAUAUAAUAUUAGUGGGCAUUUAAGGGUUAAAAUUUUAUUUUUAUAGAAUUCCUUGGACAAUUUUAUAUAAAAUGCAACCUGAAGAAAGUCUUUUGCUCAAAUAGUUGCAAAGUUAUGAUUAAAAGAAAAGAAGUGUUUUAGAAAAUCGUCAAAAAAGAGGGCGGUGCCAAAAGUAGAGGAAUGGUCCAAUCAGCACCAAACUAGGGAUUUCUGUUAACUAUCGAUAGAUGAACGUUCCCUCUAAGUUUGGUCCAAAUCGGUGAAGGUCGAGUCCUAAAGUGUACUCAGUUGACCUGGAAUGACCCAUAUUGCGUUAGGGUACAGCAGGCCUUGAAAUUUUUAGAUUUUUGUUUUAAAUUUCUUAGCAAAAAUAAGUGGAAUUGGGAUUCUUUGUUUUUGAUGCAAUAACAACCCUCAUGCAAAAUACAUUUUUUUAAAUUUAUUUACAUAUUUUGUUCGAUGGUUGAUAUUGACAUUUUUAAAAACAGUUUUAAAAACAGUUUUUUAACUUGAAAUUAUUAAUUAGGUAAGAAAUGCCUAUUAUUAAGGUUCUAGAAACCUCAAUGCAUUUUGCAUGCAUUUACUUAUAUUAUAAAUUGUAUAGGACCAUACGCCUUAAAUUUAAAAUCUAUUUUCAGCUUUUUCUGAAAUGUUUUGAAAUCAUUGAAACACAGUUUAAACAAAUUUAACUUUUCAACCGGCUCCGUGGCUUAAUGGUUACGGCUUCUGUCUCCCAAGCAGAAGGUUCAGGGAUCUAAUCCCGGUCGGUAACUUUGAAAUUUGGAAUCAGGAAUUUGAAUAUGAAUAAAAACUAAAAUGAAAUCAGGUGGGAUUCGAACUCACACCUUUGGAUUGGUGGUCUGGGACGCUAAGCAGUCGGCCAUCAGAAGGUUUACACUCCAGCAGUGAAUUGAUCCGUAGUGUUGAAACAUGUUAUCUUCUCAUAUUAAAUACACGCUGAUCCUUGAUUUGCCUGAGGGGAUUGGAAGUCUAAAUAUAGAUCGAGUUUCCUUCAGAUGCUUGCUUCUAUGUUUAGGCGGGGCCGAACAAUGCCCAGCGACCUCGGAAUUGGACCGCAAGGAGCUCUGUCAUUCAGAAAUGGGUUGUUGGAAGCAGCGCGAGGGCUAUCACCACCUAAUACCCGAGACUGAGAUAAGCUGUAUCAGCAUUCGGCGGCAUAUACACAGCCUGAUACAAAUUAUACUUUCCCAUAAUUUCGCUACCGGUUAGCGGGUAUUGGAUUGGACCACACACACACACACACACACACACACACACACACACACACACACACACACACACACACACACACACACACACACACACACACACACACACACACACACACACACACACACACACACACACACACACACACACACCCGUGAACCGUGGGGACAGGUGAGGGUCCCUGCGGAGCUUAGCUGCCAGCUACCGGGCGGGUUGCAGUAGGCGGAUAGCUGUCGGCGAUUGCAUACAUUCAUUGCAUCGCCCCCGGACCAGCAGCGGGAGGAUGUCUAGGACGUGGCGGAAUUGAACAAGGGCUCUGUUUAAUUUCUUCGAAAAAACCACAUGGGUCCGUAAACACCUCUGUCAAGCGAUCGAACGCCGCUAUAAGUGUUUUAGCCCAAAACCUCACCAAACCCCGAAUCCAAGAUGUGACGCGACCCGUGUCGAGGGAUGCAUGGCUGGGGGGGUUCAACAAAUUCCCAGUCGAUAACGGAGCCUGUGGGGCACAGGGGCGCACCCCACACGUAAUUUGCCCUUACUGCGUCACGGCAGGGCACUGGCGCAGCGGACCGUAUUUCCCUAGCGACUCGUGGGAUUCAAAAUGAAGACAAGUGAAACAAACCAACAAAAGGGUCCCGAUGCGCCCCAAGCAUCGGAAAACACGGAGGUAGAGGAGGACGCAAACGUCGAAAUGGCAGGAGGCGAGUCAAACGGCGGCGACACAGCAAGCGGAGGGGCGAGCGCGUUCCGUGGAAGCGGGAAGGUGAUGAGAUCCCCAGUGUUGAACCAGGCGGCUGCUUCGAGUCAGCAGAUAGGAGUUAUUGGAGGGGAAACUCCCAAGUCUUCCGUAUUGAACUUCGCCGGCGGUACCCCUCAGGAUGGAGUCCUGCUCGCAAGGACCGCGUUGCAGGAGGUCAGGAGGAGGGUCAACGAACUCUUUGAUUUCAUCAAGGACAAAAACAACGUCCACACCAGAAUCAAGCAGAUGGUGAAUGGAGUCAAGGCAGCCAUGAUUGCCGCAGAGCGCGAAAACAGUUCGCUUGUGGUGACGAGAACUUCACUGAAGCUGAGAGCUGAAAAAGCCGAAAAAGCGCUGGAGGCUAAACUGGAGGAGGAAGCGCUACGGGAGAAAGCACCUAAAACGCCGCCCGGCCCAAGCACAAAAAGGGACAGGGAAACGCCUGGAGAGGAGGAGGAUGCAAAGAAGCAGAAGCAGGGGAAUGGAGACAGUCCGGACCCAGCGAAGGAGCCAGAACCAGACCCAGGGAAGGAGGAGGAAUGGGAGAAGGUCAAGAAAAAGAAGCGGAAGAAAAAAGGGAAGCAGAACGAGGACACCCAAAAACCCAAGUUUCGCAGGGAGCGUAACAAAGGCGAGGCUUUGGUGGUCGAGGUGAAGGAAGGUGUUUCGUACGCAGACCUCCUCCGGAAAGUACGAACAGAUCCGGAACUCAAGGAGCUUGGCGAGAAAGUGGUUAAAACCAGGCGCACCCAGACCGGCGCGAUGCUUUUUGAGCUGAAGAAUGAUCCCGCGGUCAAGAGCUCAGCUUUUAAGUCCCUCGUCGAGAAAGCCGUAGGCUACGAGUCGAAGGUAAGGGCGCUAUCGCCGGAGACAACGAUUGAGUGCAGGAACCUGGACGAGAUCACGACGGAGGAAGAGCUAGAAGAUGCGCUGAUCGUUCUUCUGGAUGACCGUACGACACCGAUGGCAAUCCGGUUGAGGAAAGCCUACGGCGGCACGCAAAUUGCGUCGAUCCGACUAUCGACGCCUUCGGCGUCUAAGCUGCUGGAAGCCGGCAAGGUCAAAGUAGGGUGGUCGGUGUGCCCACUGAGGCCUGUUCCUCGAGUGACCCAGCAGAUGACGAGGUGUUUCCGCUGUAUGGGUUUCGGCCACCAGGCGAGAAAUUGCGACGGUCCCGAUCGAACCAACAGCUGCAGAAGAUGUGGUAGAGAAGGCCACAUGGCAAGAGACUGCAAAAAUAAGCCGAAGUGCAUGCUCUGUAAAGAAGGAGAUGGCAAUAGUCACACGACGGGUGGCUUUAAUUGCCCGGCGAGUCAAACGGCGGCGACACAGCAAGCGGAGGGGCGAGCGCGUUCCGUGGAAGCGGGAAGGUGAUGAGAUCCCCAGUGUUGAACCAGGCGGCUGCCUCGAGUCAGCAGAUAGGAGUUAUUGGAGAGGAGACUCCCAAGUCAUCCUUGUUGAACUUCGCCGGCAGUACCCCUCAGGACGGAGUCCUGCUCGGAAGGACCGCGU